AUGGAAGAUCAUAUCGAAGAAAGUUUGUCGGAAAAAAUCCGCCGGAUGAGCCGUACAAAUAAAUGGGAAGAAUUCGAUAGUGAAGACAGCGGAAAUAGAAAAAUUUGGAAAUGUCAACCAAGAACUCGUUCAGAGAAACCGCCAUGUCCAAAAUCUGGUUCAGACAUUGAAACUCGGGGAAAAACUGCGCAAUCAGAUUCACUGGUUGGGCCUAAGAAUUAUGUAUCUUAUCAUGAUCCAGAACAAUCAGCGCAUUGCAUAACAGUCAUUAAAGUUCAAACUAAUGAUAUUGGAACUUGUGGAGUACUUCAUCAACAGAAACCAAAUUUAAGUGUCCACUUCAUCGGACCAUUCACUCAGUUUCGAGCAAAUCAAUCGCGCAAUAGUCAACUUGAAAAUGCUGAAGCUGUUCAUUUUACUGAAGAUCGCCUACAAUAUUCACUUGAAGAAGAAGAAAAACCGUUUUCCGCAACCUUUUUUCCUCCUUCUGGAUUAGUGAAUUAG